AAGGAUGGCGAACACGUAAGUAUUCUACGUUAAUAGAGUGUUGUCGAAGAGUUUUGAACGUAUCUAUUAAUUUUGUGUUGUACUGCAAAAAGCUGAUUUCUCUAGACAGUAAUUCACAAGAGGAGGCAAUUGACAUUAAUAAUUAUAAAAAAAAAUGUCCAACGUUAUUCAAUGCUUGGCUACCCAGAUAGCAAACUCGUUUCAAACGAGGGAUUGGAUACUGAUUUUUCUUCAAACGCUCAUCAUACUCUACAGACCUGACAUUGCCGAUCCCGAAAACAGGGUCAGGCCGACACCUCCACCCAGUCUACGAAGUAAUUAUGACUUCAUUAUAGUCGGGGGUGGCUCCGCGGGUUCCGUAUUGGCCAGUCGAUUAUCCGAAAACGAAAAGUGGUCGGUGUUGCUGCUCGAAGCUGGCCCAAACGAACCUCAUGCCACUGAUAUACCUGUCGUAUAUACGAGUGUAGCAUCGACUUCGUUGGUGUGGAAUUUUACAUCCUAUCCAUCUGAUAACUAUUGCACGGGACAAGACAAUCGGCAGUGUUCUUGGUUCAGUGGCAGGACCCUCGGCGGAAGCAGCACGGUACAUGCACAUAUACACUUACGUGGUAACAGACAUGAUUAUGACGGCUGGGAGGAAGCGGGCAAUCCAGGAUGGAGCUACGAAAACGUUCUACCGUAUUUCAAAAAAUCUGAAGACAUGAGAAUCAGAGAAUAUCAACGAUCCCCAUAUCACAACGUCGGUGGAUACCUGACCGUCGAAAACUUUCGUUAUCGUUCAACUGUAACUAAUUAUUUAUUAGAAGCAGCAAAAGAAAUGGGUUACGACAUAGUUGACCCGAAUGGAGCCAAUCAAACUGGAUUCAAUUUAACUCCCGCAACAUUGAGAGAUGGUGUGAGAUGCAGCGCAGCGAAGGCUUUUCUUCGUCCUGCUUGGAGAAGGAGUAAUCUACACAUCAGCACCGAUUCUUUCGUGGAAAAAAUUUUGGUACAAGGUGAUGGAAGCGAGAAAACUGCUCAUGGUGUGCAAUUUCGUUUUCAAUCUACUAGUUAUAGAGUAAAAGCCAAUCGUGAAGUGAUACUGUCAGCUGGAACAGUACGAUCACCGCAACUAUUGAUGUUGUCUGGUAUCGGACCAAGAGAUCAGUUGGAGGAAUUAAAAAUUCCAGUGUUUCACGACGCCCCGGGUGUGGGGAGUAACCUUCAGGAUCACGUGGGGAUCCUUGGACUCAAUUAUAUUGUAACUAUCCCGAGAAAUUAUUCUGGUUCCGACCCUUUUUCAUACGCAGGUCAGAAUGCUUACGACGCUCAGUCACUCACACAAUUCGCCAUAAAUCAUACUGGAAUGAUGUAUGAAGAACCAAAUAAUGACGGUUUGGGUUUUAUUAAUACCAGAUAUGCAAAUGCAUCCGGAGAUUAUCCUGAUGUACAAAUAAUUUUAGCACCUACAGCAAAUGUUACGCAACCUUACACCUCGACAAGAUCAGCUUCCUAUUCUAUGGUGCCUAUAGUAAUAAGGCCCAGAAGCAGAGGACACAUCAGACUAAAUUCUACAGACCCUGAAGACUCUCCGAUUAUAGUUCCCAAUUACUUCGACGAUCCGCUGGAUCUUGAACGUGUGGUCGAAGGCGCGCAAUUUAUCUAUAACAUGUCGAGAACAUCUGCGUUGAGGUUUAUAAACGCUCAACCGGACAUAGAGAGAAUCCCUGGCUGUUCAUCGUUCGAAUAUUUGUCAAUGAAUUAUUGGCGUUGUUUCGCCCAAUAUUAUAGCGGCUCGGGAUAUCACUUAGUUGGAACAUGUAAAAUGGGACCAGCUAGCGACCGAAUGGCAGUGGUCGACGCUAGACUCAGGGUGCACGGUGUAUCUCGACUUCGAGUGAUCGACGCCUCGAUCAUGCCUACGGCUGUUUCGGGAAACCCCAACGUGCCUACUAUAAUGAUCGCUGAGAAGGCUUCUGACAUGAUCAAAGAAGACUGGCAGAAAUCAACACUGCACUAGUUUCGUUGAUUUUUAUAAUAUGAAUUAAUAUCUAUAUUUUGAAGGAAGAACAUUUUACAUUUCUGUCUCCGUGUAAUAAACUAAUUAGCUAAUAAACAAAUUCAGUAUAUC